AUGCUUGUACAAAAUAGAGAAUUAAACAGUUCCGAUAUUGCCGCCAAGAGACAGUACGGUGGCGGCGAAAGUAUAACAGGGGCAAAUAAUGACGCUGGAAAUGAUUUGAGUAAUGAGGGCAAUGGCGCAGAUGAUUUGGUUAGCAAAACAGACAAUUUGAAUCUAAAUGAAGGGAAAAUUGGGGAAGACGGAGUUAGAAACGACCAUGAGCAGUGCAGUAAUAAGGCACAAGGUGAGACAAGUAAACAAGACAAUAAGUAUAGUAAGGUUGACAGAUAUGCAAAAGACGGUAGUAAGGAAGAAAAUGAACAGUACAGAGGGCUAGGAAGUGAAGAGUUUUUACAGUCGUUGAACAAUUGCUUGUUUACGGAAACGGGAGAUCAAGUAGAUAAUUUUCCGUUGAAAAUUAUCGUUGAGAAGGGGCACUUGAGUGAGGCAAAUGAAUGUAUUGAGGAUGAUGAUUUUAUGUUCAGUGGUGACCUGGGGAUUUCGUUCACCAAUAAAGGGGAUGCUGACCGUGUGGUAACGAAAUUAUUAGACUGCGGAAUUGAGGUUACAUUCAACUACGCAGAUUUUAUUUCGCAUCCGGGGAACUUAUUCAUCAAAAACCUCUCGGAUGAGCUUAUUAAUUAUGAUAGGCUUUUCGAAUACUUUCAGAAAAAUAGUAGGUAUCAUUCGCUUGUAGAUAUAAACAUUUUCAAUAGUGUUGAAGAUGAUAUUUUUGCAAUUUUGAAAUUUCUGAAUUACCUUGAUGUUGAUUAUAUUUUGAAGAACCUUGAUGCUAAUAAAAACCCUUUCAAUAUAAAUGCGAAUGUGCCAAUUUAUUUGAAUAAAUAUAUUAGCAAGAAAGAAAGAAAGUUGAAAUAUACUGAAAGUUCAGCAGUGUCUGAGAAUCUUAAUAAUUAUAAUACAAUUGUCAUAGAGAAUUUAAAUGAUUUCUUGAACGACUACAACCCCGAUGUAUCAAUGAUUGAAACGUUUUUAUCGAAAUUCGAAAUAUUCCAUAGGAUUGAAAGCAUAUACUUUCCAAUUAUUCAAACCUCUGAUAACAACUUUAACUUGUUAAAUUUUGGGUUUAUUAAUUUUGAGGUAAAUGAGAAUUUAAAUUUCAAUGUCUUGCGGUGUUUGUACUAUCUUAACGACUUAUCUUUUGCACAAUUUAUGAAAUUUGGACCAGAUGAUGCUUAUAAUUUAGAACAAGACUUGUGUAAACCUGAUCUCGUGCCUUCAACAGAACAUGUCAAUUUGAAAGUUUCAAUUGGACAACAUAAGCACAAUCAUUAUUUGUAUCAAUGUCAAACAAAUCAAUUAUUGUGUUUGCAAAAUAACAGAUUAGUUUUGAAGUAUCUUGAUAUUUCGCUUUAUAAUAUUUUAUUAAACUCAUUUUCUAAGUUUGUCAAUUACCAAGAAACAAACAUAUAUGUUAAUAACCUUCCUGUUAUAUUCGAAAACGAUGAUAGGUUGUGGGAAAAAUUUUGGUUGCAAUUCGGUAAUUGCAUCAAAUCAGCUAAAAUUAUCAAGCCUCAGUUUUAUUCCAAAAAGAAUGAAGUUGAAUUAGGCAAGAUUGGUUUUGUUUUCUAUAAAGACUUCAAAAUGGCCUUGAGAGCCAUCCUAUUAACUAACAAUAAACUAAUAAGCUUUGGAAAUUUUAAGAAAGUUUUUGUUCAAACAUCAUUUGCUAUACAAAAGAACAACCACAACCAUCAAAGACCAUCUUUACCUUCAAAUUAUUAUCAAACACGUAAUCCUCAAAAUAAUUAUUCAAAGAGGUUUAGUUUGCCGACAAUAACGGAUUAUAAUUAUUACCCUCAACCACCUUCAGUCCCAGUGCCACCUACUGCACCGGCUGGAAAUCCAUCCGAUUAUAUGAAUUUUUUCAAUCCAUAUAUGUACCCGUUCAAUUAUCCGUAUAUGCCAUUUGAUAAAGAUUUAAGUCCUACCGAAGAUGCAAGCUACCCUGAGAAUAUUUCUCCUCCAUUGAACUAUUACUAUCAACCCUAUUAUCAAUUUCCACCUUCAAAUAAUUUUCAACCAUUGUCUACUCCUCCUACAUCUCCGGUAUUCAAGCUGAAGAAGACAAAUAAACCGAAAUUCAACUAA